ACGGAAUUUGCAUCUUCGAUUAACGGACGCGAUGACAUCUUGGCCUCGAGAAGGAAUUGGCCCUGGUGAAUUGGAGUUGCAAAAUGUCACCAGCUCUUCCAGGAAGAGCCCUUGUGGGUCCUUGACAAGAGUACUGUACAGGCUGCUUUUCAGGAAAAAUAGUAAUCAACAUUGUAAAACAAGAACCAACAUUUUUAAAAGUAGGACGAUGCAAAUAAUUCUACAUCAACAGCAACACAGCAGGACCACAAUGCCGAUGAUCUGGUUCGUGUUUCUCAACAUGAUAUGCAAGGUAUUGCUCAUCGGCAUAACCGCGAUUUCAACAACACCAGUACAAGCACAAUCAGAUAACGCAGUAGAAUCUCUGCAAAUUCACAAAGUCAAUUUUCAAGACUUUGACCUAGAUCCAGCGCAGGCGGGUGGCAAUCUAACCUUCUCCGUGACGAGUUCUGCCGCGUCGUCCUUGGCCUUCACGAACCUCGCUUUCUAUGUGUACUUGAUAGAUGCUUUGAGAUCCGAUGCUGGCGUGGAGACGUACCCAGCAAACAGCGGCGUCUCGGUUGCGGCAGCCGCAAGUUCUCACACCUUUUUCGCUGGGAUGGUUGGUACUACAGGCGUUACAACCUUUGCAGGAGAAGGGUCGAGUUUUGAUUUCUCGUUUCCGAUGCUAGCCGGGGCAAAUACGCUUUUUUCCGGGUCCGCAGAUCCAGGUGGCGCAAAUGCCGCUGCAGUUCCAUCCCUUCCGG